UCGAGCAGUACUUGACAGGCUUCCCUCUCGAUGUUGUCUCGAUGCCUCGGCGUCAAAUGCGCUCCAAGCGCUCGCCUUCGAUUCGACCGCUUUGCCUCCUCGUCAGCGAAACCGUCUAAUAUACAAACGAUAGGUGUGCUGGGCGCCGGCCAAAUGGGCACAGGAAUCGCGCAAGUGUCCGCCCAAAUAGCCAAAAAGAAGACGAUUCUAGUCGAUGCCAGCGAGGCUGCGACGAAGAGGUCGAUAGACAGCAUAAGUUCGAUGCUUUCAAAGGCCGUUAAGAAGGGGAAGAUAGACGAGAGCGAAUCGACUGAGACGCUGAGCCUCCUGACCGCCACGACUCAGAUAUCUGAACUGGCCAAGGCCGACUAUGUCAUCGAGGCCGUUUCCGAGAAUCUAGAACUCAAACUGCGCGUUUUUGAAGAAUUGUCCAAAAUUUGCCCACCGCACGUCGUUUUGGCCACCAACACGUCUUCUAUUUCGGUCACGAAGAUCGCCUCGAGCAGCGACCGUCCGGAAAGGGUGAUUGGGCUGCACUUCAUGAACCCGGUUCAGGUGAUGAAGUUGGUCGAGGUUAUUCCUGGACUUCAAACUUGUCAAGAAACGAUCGACACGACCCUGAGCGUGGUUUUGUCGAUGGACAAAACGCACGUCUUGAGCAAGGACAUGCCAGGAUUUAUCGUCAACCGCUUGCUCAUGCCCUACAUCAACGAGGCCAUCAUUUCUUAUUCAGAGGGUCUAGGAACUCUCGAGGACCUCGACAAUGCGAUGAAGUUGGGCACCAAUGUGCCAAUGGGGCCUCUGACUUUGGCAGACUUCAUCGGCUUGGACACUUGCUUGGCUAUCAUGCGCGUCCUCUACAGCGAGUUCAGCGACAGCAAGUACAGGCCGGCGACUCUGCUGGUCAAAUAUGUGGAUGCGGGCUGGCUCGGCAGAAAGACCGGGAGAGGGUUCUACGACUAUAGCAAGGCAGAUUCAGACGUAAAGAAGAGCUGAAUUUUUGUUGACGCGUCAACAAAAAA